UCCCUCAAAAAAACGCAGUGUCAGCACACAGUGAUGGGUGAUCUCUAUGCUCUCGAUUUUGAUGGAGUAGUGUGCGAUAGUUGCGGAGAGAGCUCUCUUUCUGCUGUCAAGGCUGCUAAAGUAAGAUGGCCAAGUUUGUUCGAUGACGUGGAUUCGUCGCUGGAGGAUUGGAUUGUCGAUCAGAUGCACAUUGUUCGACCGGUAGUAGAAACCGGAUACGAAAUUUUACUACUUGUGAGAUUGCUAUUGGAGACCAAAAUUCCUUCUAUUCGGAAGUCUUCAGUUGCUGAGGGACUCACGGUAGAGGAAGUACUGGAGAACUGGUUGACAAUAAAACCUGUAAUAAUGUCCGAAUGGGAUGAAAAUAGAGAUGCCCUAAUCGACCUUUUUGGAAAGGUCAGAGACGAAUGGUUGGACAAUGAUUUGGCUACUUGGAUAGGGGCAAAUAGAUUUUAUCCCGGUGUUGCGGAUGCCCUGAAGUUUGCCAGCUCGAAGCUCUACAUCGUCACAACUAAACAGGGCCGUUUUGUUGAAGCUUUACUUCGAGAGCUCGGUGGAAUCGAUUUUCCGCCUGAAAGAAUCUAUGGCCUUGGAACUGGUCCUAAAGUAAAAGUGCUGAAGCAGCUUCAGGACAUGCCAGAACACCAGGGUUUAACCCUUCACUUCGUUGAAGAUCGACUUGCGACUCUAAAGAAUGUGAUUAACGAGCCGGAAUUGAGCAAGUGGAACCUGUAUUUAGGGGAUUGGGGAUAUAACACACCAAAAGAGAGAGAGGAGGCCGCAAGAAUUUCCAGGAUUCGCCUUCUUCAGUUAUCGGACUUCAGCGAAAAGCUCAAAUGAUCGCCACAUCAGCGUACUGUUUCGAUACUCGAGCAGCAUUAGUUACAUCAUUCAUUUAAUAAACUUGAGAUAUCGAGCAUUAUUAUCACAAUACUGUUUUCAUUGUUUGUGUAUGUGUUGUAAAGGUCUUGAAUCAUCUAUUAAAUUUGAUAUAUUAUUAUUUGUUAAUUAAGGUCGAUUUUUUCAUU